AUGGCCACUCGCUUCCGUUCCUUGCUCCUUGGUUCCCUGAUGCCACUUUUGGUCUCAGGUGCAGUACUGCCAGCCCCUCAGAAUAUCACAAUCCUGUCCACGAACAUGAAGCAUUUUCUGGUAUGGAGUCCGCUGACAGUGCCAGGAGAAGCUGUAAAAUACUCCGUCGAGUUUCAAGGAGAAUAUGAGAGGGACUAUGCAAACGACAGCUGGAUCCCCAUUGGAGAAUGCACUGGCAUCAGCGCCACCCAGUGUGACAUCACGGAAGACAUCUCGGCCACCGUGCCAUACAAUCUACGGGUCCGCGCAACUCAGGGGACGGAGGUCUCUCGCUGGGCCACUCUCAACGGGCUUUUCAAUCGGGUCACCACAUCCCUCAUUCCACCCAUGCUGACUGUCCUGGCUGACGGGUAUCACUUGCUCGUAGAGCUAGAGCACCUGGGACCUGCGUUUGAAUUCUUAGUACUCUACUGGAGGAAGGGCCAGGAAAACCAGGUGUAUGAAAAAGUUGUGAGAGACAGCAACACCACCGUGCACCUGGAGACCAUGGAGGCUGGGGCCGAGUACUGCGUCAAAGCACAGACCUACGUGGAGGCCAUCAACCGCAGCAGUAAUUUCAGCCAGGUGCAAUGCGUGAAGGCUGCAGACAGCAAAGCCUUUUCAGUGAUGUUUGCCCCAAUCUUCUUUGUUGGCUUCGUGGUGGUCAUUUUUAUUCUUUUCUUACUGGCCUGGAAAACCUGCCAAAUCUGCCAGUAUUCCUGUUGCCCAAAUGAAGGUCUUCCUGACACUCUGAAACUAACGGAAUCACCAGCCGGGAUACUAAACUACAGGGGAGAGGAAGCCGAGAAGUGCGACAUGUCCGUGCAUGUGCAGCCCCCCGAGGAGCUGCUCCGCUUUUGGAUUCAUGAUGCGCUUUAACAGCCCACUUCAAUAU